UUAGGAUUAAGUCACGAUGACGUCAUUUGUAGUCAUAGCAACUCCAGGAGAAAACAAGAUGGCGUCAAGAAAGGCAAAGAAGGAGAAGCUUGUAAAUAAAACCCCAGAAGUAACGCAGGUCGAUGAUCAACUCAAGGAAAAGGAAAUAAUCCCUGGAAAAGGGUUUUAUGAGAGCCAUUGGUUGAAAUUAAUGGAGAAAGAGAGCAGUGACUCAUAUAUACAGAGUUUAACUGAUGAGAUAUUUGAGACAGCAUUUGCCAAAGGGAACCACACACUCUGUGAUGCUCAGGCAUUCCCUCACUCUGUCCAGUGGGCGAAAUCAAAAAUGAUAGAAGUAAUUGAGUGUUACUUCUUAUCACAUGAUACCGGGCAAUCCAAGAUAGAAGAAGAUGUGUGGACAGAAGACCCUGAUCCUCCUGUCACUGCAGUCAUUGAUUCCUGGGCCAGAGGAAUGAUGCCAUUACAACCACCUCCAGUUGACAUCAGUCCAAAAAAAUCCUCAUUUGUAACCCUGGUACCAAUACCUGAAGAAGAAGCAGCAAACAAUGAAAUGCCUCCUGCUUUGGAGUCAGCACUGAGUCAUCAUAGUGAAUCUAUGAAAAGGGAAGGGAGUGGAGGCAGUAGUAGAAUGACUGAACUGAAUCUAUCUGAGAAGAUAAAUGCUAGACCAAGACCUGUUAAUAGAAGACAAAAGCCACCAGUGAUGACAAUUGUAGAGAAACCAUCACCAGAAACUCAAAUAGAUGAAACACUACAGAGUCAGUCUCAGUCCAGCACAUUUCAAUCGCACACUCCACCAACUCCAACGUCUCACAUGGUAGUACCUUCGGCCAUUACAGCCACUUCUCCUCUACCCCCUCCUUCUUCUCCUCGUCAAACCAUCAGGUGUGCAAGAGGACUCAAAACCCAGAGCUUUCCUUCACAAUGUAUCAAGCCUCAAGUUAAAGUAUCACAGACAGCAAAAACGUUAAAACUUCAUGAACAAGAUCGAAAGCAGCCAAAAACAACUAAAAAGGACAGUACUCCACAGCAUCACUAUAGCCACCAUCAUCACAAACGACACAUGGCAAAAUGGACUACUAGACCUGAUGUCAGCGUUGCUAGUGGCACAGGACAGCAUCAAGGAAAAGGAGGACUCCAAAGAUUAAACAGCAGCAGAUAUCCAAAAAGACCAGUAUUACCAUUCCUGGUUGAUUUGAUAGAUCCUGUCCCUGGAGUGAGUGUGAAAGCAGACGGUCGGUUUUUAACGUCUUCCACACUCGUAAGGGCAAAGCUUCCAAAUCAUCACGGGCCAAUGAAACCAAUGAAUGGACAGAAACUAGUCAAUGCAACUAACAGUGGACUUGUUACUGUUGAUGAAAAGAAUAAUCAACCAUGAAAAUGGCAUUGUCCAAAAAAUAAAAAAUAAAAUUAUUUUAAUUAG